CUAUAAAUUCACCUGAAACCCUCACACGGAAGAGCUCCACUCCUCCAACUCACUUCUCUCUUUAUAGAUAAACUCUCUCUUGUGCGCGGUGGCCGGAGGACUGUAGCUGUUGGCGGCGAUGGGGGAGGCAGUAUUGUCGGAGAUGGCGACUGAGAUCGUGGUGCCGGUAUGCGCAGUGAUUGGAAUAGCUUUCUCGUUGGUGCAGUGGGUGCUGGUGUCGCGCGUGAAGCUCACCUCCGAGCGGCAUGCAUCGGGUGGCUCGGGGAGCAAUAGCAAGAACGGUUACAGUGAUUACUUGAUUGAGGAAGAGGAAGGGAUCAAUGACCAUAGCGUUGUCACCAAGUGCGCAGAUAUUCAAACCGCUAUCUCUGAAGGUGCAACAUCCUUUCUUUUUACUGAAUAUCAGUAUGUUGGCAUCUUCAUGAUUGCUUUUGCUAUCCUGAUUUUCCUCUUCCUGGGCUCUGUUGAGGGCUUCAGCACAAAGAGCCAGCCUUGCACCUAUGAUAAGGAGAAGGCAUGCAAACCAGCUCUUGCCACUGCUAUCUUCAGUACUGUGUCCUUCUUGCUCGGUGCAGUCACUUCUGUUCUUUCUGGGUUCCUUGGGAUGAAAAUUGCUACCUAUGCCAAUGCAAGAACAACCUUAGAAGCAAGAAAGGGUGUUGGAAAGGCUUUCAUUAUUGCAUUUAGAUCUGGUGCCGUCAUGGGUUUUCUUCUGGCAGCAAAUGGUUUGUUGGUGCUUUACAUUGCCAUCAAUCUAUUCAAGCUGUACUAUGGUGAUGACUGGGAAGGCCUUUUUGAGGCUAUAACUGGUUAUGGCCUUGGAGGAUCCUCUAUGGCACUCUUUGGAAGAGUUGGUGGCGGUAUCUAUACAAAGGCUGCUGAUGUUGGUGCUGAUCUUGUAGGAAAGGUUGAAAGGAACAUCCCUGAAGAUGACCCAAGAAACCCAGCUGUCAUUGCUGAUAAUGUUGGUGAUAAUGUUGGCGAUAUUGCUGGUAUGGGUUCUGAUCUAUUUGGGUCAUAUGCUGAAUCUUCCUGUGCUGCUCUUGUUGUUGCUUCUAUAUCCUCCUUUGGAGUUAACCAUGAGUUCACUGCCAUGUUGUUUCCUCUGCUCAUUAGUUCUGUGGGUAUUCUUGUCUGUUUGAUCACAACCCUAUUUGCUACUGAUUUCUUUGAAAUCAAGGUUGUCAAGGAAAUUGAACCAGCUUUGAAGAAGCAGCUUAUUAUCUCCACUGUUCUUAUGACUGUGGGAAUUGCAAUUGUUACUUUGAUUGGUGUGCCAUCUUCCUUCACCAUUUACAAUUUUGGGACUCAGAAAGAUGUCAAGAACUGGCAGCUAUUUUUGUGUGUGAGUGUUGGUCUCUGGGCUGGACUUAUUAUUGGUUUUGUUACCGAGUACUACACAAGCAAUGCUUACAGCCCAGUGCAGGAUGUUGCUGAUUCCUGCAGGACAGGAGCAGCCACCAAUGUUAUAUUUGGCCUUGCUUUAGGAUACAAAUCUGUUAUUAUCCCAAUUUUUGCCAUUGCAAUCAGCAUUUUUGUUAGUUUUAGCUUUGCUGCCAUGUAUGGGAUUGCAGUUGCUGCGCUUGGAAUGUUGAGCACCAUUGCAACUGGGUUGGCCAUUGAUGCUUAUGGUCCCAUCAGUGACAAUGCUGGAGGCAUUGCUGAGAUGGCUGGCAUGAGCCAUCGCAUUCGUGAGAGAACUGAUGCUCUUGAUGCUGCUGGAAACACCACUGCAGCCAUUGGAAAGGGAUUUGCCAUUGGGUCAGCAGCAUUGGUGUCAUUGGCUCUAUUUGGUGCAUUUGUAAGCCGUGCAGCUAUCUCUACUGUUGAUGUCCUGACCCCAAAGGUUUUCAUUGGUUUAAUAGUUGGUGCCAUGCUUCCAUACUGGUUCUCUGCCAUGACCAUGAAGAGUGUGGGAAGUGCAGCUUUGAAGAUGGUUGAGGAGGUUCGCAGGCAGUUCAACACCAUUCCUGGUCUCAUGGAGGGUCAUGCCAGGCCUGAUUAUUCUACCUGUGUCAAAAUCUCCACUGAUGCCUCCAUCAAGGAGAUGAUCCCUCCUGGUGCCCUUGUUAUGCUUACUCCCCUGAUUGUUGGAACUUUCUUUGGUGUUGAGACUCUUUCUGGUGUCCUUGCUGGUGCUCUUGUUUCUGGUGUUCAGAUUGCAAUUUCUGCUUCCAACACUGGUGGUGCAUGGGACAAUGCCAAGAAGUACAUUGAGGCUGGCGCCUCAGAGCAUGCAAGGGACCUUGGUCCAAAAGGAUCUGAUCCUCACAAGGCAGCUGUGAUUGGUGACACUGUUGGAGAUCCACUCAAGGAUACCUCUGGCCCUUCACUCAACAUCCUUAUCAAGCUUAUGGCAGUCGAGUCACUUGUGUUUGCUCCCUUUUUCGCCACGCACGGUGGCCUACUCUUCAAGAUCUUUUAGAGGGGGAAUGGCAAGGAAACACACCAGGCAGAGGGCAAGGGCUGGUUACCGCAGCUUAGCUUUUCCCUCUCUGUAAGAGUGUUUUCCCAUUCACCUAUUAUUUUAGUUCCUGUAUCACUGCACGCAUCCAGUUUUGGGGGGGUUUUUUUUUUCGAAGUCAGUUUGCAUAGUUGUAGUCAGUACUAUUUUUGAGGGCUGAUAAUGAUGAUUAACCAAAGAUGGAUUAGGACGAUGGCAGAAAACAUGGUCAUUGUUAUCGGAGAAGAGUCAAGGUGGCAUGGCAUGUCUUUAUUUUCCUCGGUCUUUGCUUUAGAACAGCUUAAUUUUGAAAUUUUGUAAUCUCAAGUCUCUUUCACCAUUUAACCAAAAGAGCAUUCUGGAGUCUGGACUAUAAGAUACUGGGACGAUUUGUUGUUGCAUUCAGGUUUUCAGAAAAUUGGAAGAUGUUCUAAACUGGGUGUUACACCAA